GCUGCCUUACGACGCACAGAUGUCAUUCUGGAAGUAGGCCCGGGAACCGGUAACCUGACAGUGAAGAUGCUAGAGAAAGUAAAAAAAGUUAUUGCUUGUGAAAUUGACCCUAGGCUUGCUGGUGAACUUCAGAAGAGAGUCCAGGGCACAUGUCUGGCAAACAAACUUGAAAUCAAGGUUGGAGAUAUUUUGAAAACAGACUUACCAUUCUUUGAUGCAUGUGUGGCUAACUUGCCUUACCAGAUUUCUUCACCUUUUGUUUUCAAGUUGUUACUUCAUAGACCUUUUUUCAGGUGUGCAGUACUUAUGUUUCAAAGGGAGUUUGCACUUCGUUUGGUUGCAAAACCAGGAACUAAACUGUACUGCAGACUUUCUAUUAAUACUCAGUUACUAGCUCGGGUGGACCAUCUAAUGAAGGUUGGAAAGAACAACUUCAGACCUCCUCCCAAAGUUGAAUCUAGUGUCGUUAGAAUAGAGCCAAAGAACCCACCACCACCAAUCAAUUUCCAGGAGUGGGAUGGCUUGGUAAGGAUAGCCUUUGUUAGGAAAAACAAGACACUUUCUGCAGCAUUUAAGUCAAGUGCUGUAGAGCAGUUACUAGAUCAUAAUUACCGAAUUCAUUGUUCCUUACAUAAUACAGAAAUACCUGAAAACUUCAAACUUGCAGAAAAGGUACAGGCAGUCCUGAAAAAUACAGGUUACUCUGAAAAACGAGCCCGUUCAAUGGAUAUAGAUGAUUUCAUUAGACUGUUGCAUGGCUUCAAUUCAGAAGGCAUCCAUUUCUCAUAGAUUCUACUAGAAGAAUGAAAGACACUGGUGACAAAAUAUCGAACAACUUACCUAAGCCAGAGU